AUGGCUUUGAAAAAUACUCGAGAUCUUGAUGAUUCUGUCCUCGGAGAUUCUUGGGUCGUCGAGUCUCCUCGUUCCAAGAAGGGACCGCAACGCAAUAACAUUGAACCAGCUUCCAAACAAAGUAAGCGGACAUGGAACGAUAUAGAGCAGAGUCAGCGGUCGGACAUGAUGAUGGCGUCUUCGUCGUCCUUCUCGGGGCCUGAGCUUAUUAUGCCAUCUAUCUGUGAAACUUCUAUAUCUGAUGGUUCAUGGGUGGCGCCUAACGUCCGGUCGAGAGGUCUGGGAAGAAGAGACGCAAACAGAUCUCUGGAAUCGCGGAAAGGCUCAUCAGCCCAAGGGGAAAGAGUGCAAAUGAAGACUCGAGCUCUUGAUUCGAGCGUCACAAGCAAGAAAGACAACCAUAGUUUGAAACGGCCACCACCAAGACCUAGGCCCUGGCGCUGCGAGAACAUCCUACGGCUUCUGGUCAAUCUACUUCUAACUGCGGGAAUCCUGCAUCUACUUGUACUACCCGAAUUAUUCUACCAAUACCAGAGCUUUUGCUCAGUACCUGCGGUUAUAAGAUUAUAUCCAUCCAGUUGUGCACCGCGACAAACUUUACCCUUGGCCAGUUACAACCCAUCCGCGGGGCCGACUCCCAUGCCCAGCAUGCAGACACGGCUGAAAUCGAUCCUCAACACCACUUUGACGGAUACGGAACCGCUUGGGCUCCCUUUGAAAAACAGCGAGUCCCGGUUACGUGACCUUUACAGUGAACUGAAGACGGUUUACCCAGGCGCAAGACACGAGCUCGAGCUUGAGUUCCAAGGCUGCCUGGAGGCCGUGAAAACAGCUUCAAAAGAUCUUGACUCCCUGAGACUUGAUAUUCGGUCUGCAUUUGAUAGCCUGGUUGCAACAGAUACCGUUGCCGAGCAAGACCUUGAAACAUCCAUUUUCGGCUGGAAACCAAAGUCCGAUGUGGCCAAAGAAAUGAGACAGGCAACACAAACGCUGCAUCGCAGGCAGUACCUCGAUCAACUCACAUCAAACAUACGAUCCAAGGCUGGCUCUUUGACCAGCACCCUUGCAACGGUCGACGAUUACCUAGAAUCCAUCGAACGGAUCGUAGACCGAGAGGAGAGACAGGCCACCGCAUCUCAUCAGUCACUCCACCGCCGUAGCGUCCGAGGCAUCUUUCGUUCCCUGUUUUCCGGGCCGCCCAAGGCCUUCGAGUCAUCCUUCCGAGCCACAUCUGAUGUCGUCCUUCGCUCCCAUCAAUCAGGAUCGGAGCUUUUGCAUGAUGCGGUUGGCGAUUACCGCCUGGUUGCAGCCAUAAUGGAACAGCUCUCAGAGCAACUAGUUGCUUUUCAGAGGUUAACCAGCCGCUAG